GUUAAAUCCAUACGAGCAAAGGUGUAGGCAUGGUUGUAUACUUAAUGAUUUAUAUUUAGUCACUAAUUUAAACAUGGACAUUCAGCGCUUUUCUUGCCUUCUCCACUUCCUCUAAGAUCUUCACAUCCUUCUGAGGGACAGAAAUUUCUGUGCAGACUUUGUUUCCAUUGCACACUUCUCAGCUCUUCCAUAUAACAGAUAAGGGAGUGACUGCUUUACUGCCAUUAAUACAAGGAAGUCCAAAACGUAAAACAAAUGCACCGUGCAGUAAUGAUUAACUUUUCCUCCCACAUGUUGCAUGUCUGUGUGUUAUUAAGCUUGGUUUUGCCACUGCAGACCUGCUGGUAUUAUGGAAGAGGUUUGGAGCGCAGCUUUCAAACGCGGCAACAAGCAGAUGUUUCAGUUUCCAACCUGAAGAACAGGUUCUGCAGAUAUAAAAGCAGCUAAGUGUCUGUUCAAGAUUGUUACAGCCCUCUGACUCUUUCUGCCUCCUCCCACUUUGAACUUGUUACCCUGGAGCCGAACUGUUUGAAUAAGGGCUGUGAAAGCUGCUUUGUGAUCAGUUAGCUGAGAGCCCUCAACAUGUAAAGCGCAGGGAGGAGCCUUCUCUCUCUGCUUUUGCAGUUCCCUCCCCUCCACUUUUUUUUUUGUCAUGCUCAUGGAAGUUCCGAUGUAACAUGGAAAGAAGUUGGGACAGGUUGACUGCACAGUCCAGAGAGGAGAGACAAAGGUUUGUGGCAUGCUAGAGAUCCUGGAAAGAUUGACUGCUGAACUCGUGUCAUGCUGGGAAGGACCAUCGCAUCCGUUCUACCAGGGCUGAGCUCAGUUGUCAUUCUCUGUCUGCACUGACACUGUAUUUUUCACUCUUCAACAUGUGGAAUAUGUGUCUGCAGAGUUAAACCAGGACAAUCUCCUGAAAAUGGAAUUCCACAGAAGGCACAUGCUGUGAUUUCUUGAAUAAGCCAACAGCAUCCUCUAAAUUUUUUUAUUUUUUAUUUUUUUUUUGCGGAUUUUUAUUACUCAACUGAAAGAGCAAGCAGUGUUGCUAGAUUGCUCUGAAAGCCAGAGAUGGCUCUGCCUUCUCCAAAAUCUGUGGCAGGAGAUCUAACACAAAGAGAAGAACUCAUGCUCCAUAAUGAAAGCUGUUUUCAUUUCCUCUCUACAAACGUCAUCACAGUAGUGGAAAGAUGUAUGAGCUCCAUGCAGGCUGGUACCCAAAUGAUCAAACUCCGUGGUGGUUCCAAAGGGUUGGUCCGCUUCUAUUACCUGGAUGAGCACAAGUCAUGCAUUCGCUGGAGACCCUCCCGAAAGAAUGAGAGAGCCAAAAUUUCCAUCGACUCUAUUCAAGAAGUUUGUGAGGGGAAGCAAUCGGAGAUCUUUCAGCGCUAUGCUGAUGGCAGUUUUGAUCCUAACUGCUGCUUCAGCAUCUACUAUGGAGAUCAUAUGGAAUCCCUUGACCUGGUGUCUUCCAGUGGAGAUGAAGCACGUACUUGGAUCACAGGGCUAAAAUACCUGAUGGCAGGGAUCAGUGAUGAAGACAGCCUCUCAAAACGCCAAAGAACCAGAGACCAGUGGUUGAAGCAGACAUUUGAUGAAGCAGAUAAAAAUGGUGAUGGCUGUCUGAGUAUUAAUGAAGUGCUCCAACUAAUGCACAAACUGAAUGUCAACCUACCCCGACAAAAAGUCAAGCAAAUGUUCAAGGAGGCUGAUACAGAUGAUAACCAGGGCACGCUAGGCUUUGAUGAGUUCUGCACCUUCUACAAGAUGAUGUCAACACGACGUGAUUUGUACUUGCUAAUGCUCACCUACAGCAACCACAAGGACUUCCUGGAUGCAGAUGACCUGAGACGCUUUCUGGAGAAUGAACAAAAGAUGACAGAUGUGACCAGAGAACACUGCCUGGAAAUUAUCGACAAGUUUGAACCAUGCCUGGAAAACAAGAAGGCAGGAGCUCUGGGGAUUGAUGGUUUCACCAAUUACAUGCGGAGUCCCUCAGGGGACAUUUUCAACCCAGAACACUACCAAGUGAAUCAGGACAUGAGUUACCCUUUGAGUCACUAUUUCAUUACCUCUUCACAUAAUACCUACCUCAUGGGAGAUCAGCUGAUGUCCCAGUCUAGGGUGGACAUGUAUGCAUGGGUGCUACAGUCUGGCUGUCGCUGUGUUGAAGUUGACUGCUGGGAUGGGCCGGAUGGUGAACCAAUUGUCCACCAUGGAUACACUUUGACUUCCAAAAUUCUCUUCAAAGAUGUGAUUGAAACUAUCAACAAAUACGCCUUUAUCAAGAAUGAGUACCCUGUUAUCUUGUCAAUUGAGAACCAUUGCAGUGUAAUUCAGCAGAAGAAGAUGGCCCAAUAUCUUACAGAAAUUCUGGGUGACAAACUGGAUCUGUCUUCUGUGCACAAUGAUGACUCUACCAGGCUCCCUUCACCAGCAAGUCUUAAAGGGAAGAUACUGGUCAAGGGGAAGAAACUUCCAGCCAACAUUAGUGAUGAUGCAGAGGAGGGUGAAGUUUCUGAUGAGGACAGUGCUGAUGAGAUUGAUGAUGACUGUAAAAUAAUGAAUGGAGAUGCAUCUACAAAUAGGAAAAGAGUGGAGAACAUAGCAAAGAAAAAACUUGACUCACUGAUAAAAGAAUCCAAAAUCCGUGACUGUGAAGAUCCAAACAAUUUUACAGUUGCCACUCUGCCAUCAUCUGGAAAGACUGGUCAGAAAUCAGACAGUAAGAAGAAUAAACUUGAGGAUGAUGUGGAAUCUGGGGAAGACUUCAGUACCAAUAAAAGGCACAGCCGGACAUUGAUGGGCAGCUUUUCUAAACGCAAGAAAAAAGGAAGCAAAUUGAAAAAAUCAACCAGUCUGGAAGAAGGUGAAGAUGAUGCUGAUUCUCAAGGAAAUGUAGCCAGAGGCUCUGUACAUUACACCAGGAUAAACCGGCAGAAGAAAACAAUGAAGUUGUCCAGGGCACUCUCAGACCUGGUGAAAUAUACAAAGUCUGUUGGCAUCCAUGAUGUUGAAGCUGAAAUCUCUUCUAGCUGGCAGGUUUCAUCUUUCAGUGAAACAAAGGCUCACCAGAUACUGCAGCAAAAGCCAGCACAGUAUCUACGUUUCAACCAACAUCAGUUAUCCCGCAUCUACCCAUCUUCCUACCGCGUAGACUCCAGCAACUACAAUCCCCAGCCAUUCUGGAAUGCGGGCUGCCAACUCGUGGCUUUAAACUACCAGUCAGAGGGGAGAAUGCUGCAACUGAACCGGGCCAAAUUUAGUGCCAAUGGGAAUUGUGGCUAUGUCCUCAAACCAGACUGCAUGUGUCAAGGCAUCUUUAAUCCAAAUUCUGAAGAUCCACUGCCUGGUCAGUUGAAGAAACAGCUGGUUCUAAGAAUUAUCAGUGGUCAACAGCUCCCAAAACCACGGGAUUCCAUGUUGGGAGAUAGAGGAGAGAUCAUAGAUCCAUUUGUUGAAGUAGAAGUUAUAGGCCUACCUGUUGAUUGCUUCAAAGAACAAACUAGAGUAGUUGAUGAUAAUGGAUUUAACCCAAUGUGGGAAGAAACAUUGGUGUUCACGCUGCACAUGCCUGAGAUCGCCUUGAUUCGGUUCCUUGUGUGGGACCAUGAUCCAAUUGGGCGGGAUUUUAUUGGACAAAGAACAAUAGCUUUCAGCAGUAUGAUGCCAGGUUACCGACAUGUAUACCUAGAAGGUAUAGAAGAGGCAUCCAUCUUUGUUCAUGUGGCUAUUAAUGACAUCUGUGGUAAGGUCAAACAAGCUCUGGGCCUAAAAGGCCUAUUUCUCAGAAAUCCAAAGCAGGCCUCCCUGGACAGUCAUGCUGCUGGUCAGCUCCAUCGCAAACAUUCCUUUAGCAGCCACAUCUUGAGACGGACAGCAAGUGCACCCACCAAAAGCCAGAAGAAGAAGAAGGGCUUUCCUGAAAUUGUUUUUGACACAAAAGACAACAGCUCUGAAGGGGCCAGUGAAGACCACGAAGCAGAAGCUGCCUCACAGCCUUGCUUUGCGCAAGAGUCAGAAAGUGCUUCUCUGUCACCAGCUCCCAGGGAUGGUGCCAGUGGGGAGGUACAAGGCAAAGGGUUGAAAGGUAAGGCCCAGAGUUCUCACAAAGCCAAAACUCAGAGUUGUGCUCAAGGGGGUGCUGCUUUCAGUGAACCCAUACAGAGGUCUAACAGGGUCCGGCUCCGGGAGCACCAGAGUGAGAAGCAAAGUGUUUUUGCACGCUGCGCCAUCAACAGCUCUGGUAGGAUUGGAGUGGCCACCAACUGCAUGAAAUGCAUGAUUGGUUCCAAAGAAAGCCCAGAUCUAGAAAGCAAGUGGAGUGACCAACCUACCAGGCCUAUUGCUAAAGAUUUGCUUCACCAUGAUCAGUAUAACAGUAUAAGUGGAGAAGAGAGGUUAGAGCUUGAAAACUGGGGUGUUAAAGCUCAGUCCAGACCACAGUCAGAUUUGCAGUCUUGCAGUAGCCCUGGAAAUGCUGAUGAUCUAACAAGGAGCACCCAGUCUUUCAUGACCUCAGGGAAGAAAAAUGUUGAAUCUAAAUGUCAUGGAAUAAAGGCUCAUUCCCGGCAGCGGUGGCAGUGCCAAUCAGGUGGCAAGUAUGGAAGCACUAUCAACUUGGUUGCAGCCAGCAAUGGCUCUAUAUCCUCCAACUCCAGCAGUCUAGAAAGCCUUGGAAGCCCAGAAUUUCCCAAGCGCUGUUCUGAAACUUCUCGAAGGCAAGUGGGCACCCUACAGAGGGAAAUGAAUGCCUUAUUCGUUCAAAAAUUGGAGGAAAUUCGAAGUAAAUCCCCUAUAUUCUUUACUGAUGUCUGCCAUUUCUCGAUGCAGAGUGAUUCUGAAGAAGGAUCUGUGUCUGAUCAUUCCAGUGAAUCUCAAACAAAAGGGAGCAACCCAUCGAACCGGCCUCCAGAACCUCUGCUCACUAGAGAACAAAGACCAAAUUUGGCUGCAGAAGACCAGAUGCAGACAGCCACAAAAGCAGCUGACAUCAAUGCAUUAGUCCAAGACAAUGAGAGGACAAGCAUGGCAGGACUUCUCAAAGAAGAAAAUGGUUGGACACAGGCAUGCAGUGAAGCUGAAGAUCAAGUUAAUUUGGCAGCGCAUCCUCAGAAAGCCUGGCUGGUGGUGGCAGAAGCUCAGAGUGCUGGCCAGCCUGUUGAAAACUGCCAGAAGCAGAAAGACCAAACAGGGCAGGUAUUGAAAGACUUGAAAACCACUGCUGUAUUGAAAAGCCAAAAGCCUGGUGCAGCAGCUGUCCUGCAGCAAAACAAUGUGAUUAAUGGCUCACAUCCAACUUUGUCUCCAGAUAUUUUCCAGAAAGCCGAGGCUUCACAGGCUCUACCUGUUUCUCAGACGAGCUCUUACAUGUUAAUAAGGAAGUCAAAGAGUGAAGGGCUGAAAAAGUCAGACUCCUCAGCUUUAAUAAAAAAUCCAAGUAGCCUAUCUCCAGCAGCAGAAGUAUACUUUGAUGCUACUGUUAAUGACCGGAUCUGGAGCAAGCUAGAUUGCAGCAAUCAUCGUGACAGCAUGUCUUCCUCUUCCAGCAUGUCCUCCAAUGACACUGUGAUAGAUCUCUCUCUACCUAAUCUAGCUCGCAAAAGCCUUCCAGAUCUUGGCAUCCGGCAUGAGAACUUUGAGCCCCUUACCAUGAGAAGGGGUAUUCGCCCACGGUCUGCUACAACGUCAGGUAAUGAAAUGCCAAUAGUGAGCAAGAGUAAAUCCAAUCCUAACCUGAGGUCUGACCAGCUGCCAGCGGAUGAAUUAUGCCCCCGUCCUCUUGCAAGGAGUCCUCAGGAUGCAUUCUCAUCCAUUCCUAGGAGGCAUACCUGGAGCAGGCUGUACAUAGAAAGUCUCAGGCAAUCUUCUAACAAAUCCAAAGCACAGGAUAAGGUUGGGAAUAACCAGGUGAAAUCCAAGAGUCUUGGAGACCUUACCUCUGAUGACAUUGUGUGCACUUUUGAAAGCAAAUAUCGUAGCAUCAGCAGGAGUUUUGUCACUCGAUCAAUGCGUGAGCAGCGCCGCUCUGCAGGCCUGAGAACCUCUGUCAGACCCCAGGAUGAAUUGACUGAGCAGCUGAAGAAGCUAACAGCCUUUCAGCAGGAAAAUGAUAUCACUUCCCCCAUCAGUCUUGAUCCAACCGAAUCUGAAGAGGAAGCGGAGAGCUUAGGACUCCUUCGCAGGUCAUCAUCUCGCAGUCAGAGCAGGGUGCGGUACAUUGCCAACAGGGCCAAGCAAGCUCAGGAGAGACAGCGACUGCAAAGCCUGGGCCAGCUCAGUGGGAGUCCCAUUGAAGAGAGAGGAAAUCCAGAGGGAGCCUGCAGUGUUGCAAAAGCAGUCUGUAUGGAUAUAGCUUCUCCUGCUGUGUUUACAUCCCAGCCUAAGAACCAAACUGAUUAUAAUACUGACACAGAAGUCUUCUUUAUGCUGAAACUGUAAUUCUAGAGGGCACUGAGUAAGGUGAUGUUUACAUUCAAGACAAAACAUAGUGACCUGAGAGGCACAAAAUAUCCUUGUAUGGCUUAGUGCUUCCUGGCCUUCCCUAGAUGGCAAAGGCACUUAAGAUCCUGACUCCAAAAGAAUACAUGAGUGUUCAACUUGUCACCCGUCUGUGGAAUUCGAUCAACCAAGUGAAAUCAGAGACAUAUUUUUACAGUCUUAAUGACCUGACCUCCUUUUUUUAUUACGUUUUUUCCAGCCUCAAAUCUGGCCUCCUUUGUGGUGUGACCACUUCUUUGCACUUGCAACUUGUUCUGUGCAAAACUUUUGCUCCUUAUUACUUUCAUUAAUUGCUUUGUCUAGCAGUUAAACAUCAGUGAUGCUAGCAACAGCUAAUGUUACUCUUAUGAAUUAUGUAUCUGUGAAAGGAGGCUGGAUUUGAAAUCACGUAGCUUGUUUUGGUGUUCUCAUGAAGAGCUGGAGGCAUCUGGGAAACGGUCAAAAUUGCAGUGGAAUUCUUUCCUUAAUUAAUAAUAUAGUAGAUAAAGUCUUAUUUCAAUGAAAAUCCGUAUUGUCGCACUCUUUGAAGAAAGAAAAUCUGUUGCCAUGUUCCAAAGGAAUGCUUUUUUUUUUUUUAAACCAAACUUGUUUUUAUAUAUAUAUAUAAAAGUAUAUAUGUAUGCCUCUGUGUGUAUGCAGGUGUGUGUCUGCUUGUAUGUGUACACAUGCACACACUUAGACUGAACUGUGACUGUUUCUUGUCUCAAAACAUCAUCUGUGGGAAUGAGAUGAGAAGGGAGAAUUAGUCAAAAAAGGCAGGAAACAUCUUCUGACACUGAUUCAGAAAUGACUAAAAAGCACACUGAUCUUUUCUUGAAAACAGAACCAUCCCUUCCUUAUGGUAUUUUAACAAUGCUGCUGUACAUAGCACUUUUUUGGAUGAAUUUUACUACUUCUGUAUUGCACUGCCAUGCAAAAUUUUCAAUGAUAUGUUUUAAAAUAUAUAUAUUUAAUUUUUUUAGAUGAACAUAUUUAGAGUUAUAUAGCAAGCUAAACAGAAUAACCAUUUCUCCUCCCCAUUUUUUUAAAUGUUUUUUUUUCCUCCAUCCCAUCUCCCCCCUCCAAAGUCAUUUAUUAUAGAUGUAUUUUAUCAGUGAUGGAGAAGAUUGUUUACUGAGAUGCAUUUUAAAGAGAAACAGAGGUUUAAUUUUAUUUUCAAGCUGCAUAGGGCCCCUAUUAUUGAGAAAAUAUUUUGCUUUUGUUUGUAAUGAUUCUUCUGUGUAUAUUGCAAAAUCUAAAAAUUUGUUUGUAAGACCACCUUGUUCUACUAAAAUAAACAUAUUUAAUCUUCCAGCUGUUGACUGUUCAGCUGUAACAUAACACUUUUUUAAUGCUGUUAUAACAUUUCAUUUUACUC